GUAAUUCUUCUCCCCAUGCCACACACACGCAUCUGCAUCUGCAUGCACUAACAUAUAUAUAUAUAUAUAUAUAUCGUUACUGUUAUAUUUUAUAUUGCUGGCAUAUAUAUUUACCCACACACACUUAUGCACCAUCGAAACCCUAAUCUCUAGCAUGUCAAGGGAGGGUUCAACUACUUGAACUACAUACCUUCGGCUUGCUGUUUUAUUAUUAUGCAUAUAGGUUUAAUAUAUAUAUAUAUAUAUAAUUAUAGGUAGGGCGUGCAGGGGGGAUGGCGAAGAGUAGUAGUGGUUCAUCAUGGGCAUGGUCAGGCAGAGGAGGAGUUGUGGCUGUGGUCGCGUGGUGUGCGGUGGUAGUGGUGGUGGUGAUGGCGGUGCAGGGAGGAGAGGCUCACGAAUACUUAUCCGGCCAUGGUGGUGGGGGCGGAAAGAAGAUGGUGAUGAAGAAUUGGAAGCAGCGUAAGAUGAUGAUGAUGAUGGUGAAUAGCAACAGCAACAACAAUCAGGUGGACAGAAAUGUUCCCGGAGGACCAAAUCCCUGCUACCAUUGCCAGCUGCCACAUGACCAUGACCAUACAACUCCAACUCGCCAUGAGGAUGAUGGUCAUGAAUCUGCAGUAGGAGGGGGUGGCAGAAGCAGGGGGGUGUCGUCAACUGCUGACGAUGAUCAUCCUCUUAGCUCCUUCAAGCGCCCGUGAUAUGUAUAAAUGAAUAACAUUAAUAUUGGUUUAAUUUGCUAGCAUGGCGUGUGAGUGUGUUGCAGAUAAGAGUUUGGAUUGGAUUUAUAAAUAAAUAGAUUAAUUAAUUAAUAUA